UUGAUAUGCAGAAUUAUUCAUAUCGACAAUGUCUCCUGACAGCAGACCACGUGAGAUCUGGUACCUAACGUGGACUAUAUAUAAAGCGCGCGUUAAUGACAGCGCAAUAAUAUAUACCAGCCCGACAGAGAUACUCCCGUAUUAACAUGCUGCUUUUAGUAGUUAUUUCCUCUAUCACAGUUUUGGGGGUACAAGGACAGUUAAAUGCCACACAGAAUGGAGGAAUAACAAAUGGGGUCUCAAACACUCAGCCGACGUUAAAUAAUGCAGAUGCAAUCAAAGUAGCCGAGACACUUGUGCAAACAGCCAAUCAGCUUCUUUCGAUUUUAAAACGAGGCAAUGCGCCAACCGUUCUCUGUCCCAAUGGCAGACCACAGACACACUGUGAUCCUGACCCCUGUGCCACGUGGGACUGUUCCAACAUCGCCGGAGUCCAGUGCGAGCGUGCCUGUGAUUCAUGUGAUCCAAUUUUCAAGACACGUGGACGUGACGUCACAUCAAUUUGUGAAAUGAGGCGAGUUCCGGUUAAUCCCUUCCAGCUUAUGAACGCGCCCAUCUCUCCAUUUGAUAGCUUUGCAUCUGAAGGUUUCCACCCCAUAGAGAGACUUUUCCUUAGAGGGAAUUUUCCAAACAAAUAACUCGGUGACGUCAUUAAUCUACCAAAUGCAGUUAACGCGCUCGAUAGCAGGUGUUCUUAUUAUAUAGAAUUGUAUGAUUUAGAUACAAUUUAAAAAUGUAAUCUUAUACCUUUGUUUUCUAAUGGUGCCAAAAUAUUCUGCAUGAUGUGAGUGUAUAUGAUUUUGUGUUGAUUUUGAUAGUUGUAGACGUAGUCUUUCGUAAUGGGGAAAGGUUCGAUGUGUGGAAACAGUUUAUAUAUUCACUACUCUACUCUUUAUAGUUAUGUCCGUGAAUGAUUUUAUAUUCAAUUAAAAGCAUGAUCAGAUACUUAUGUACAUCUUGUAUUAGUUCAAGUACUCCUUAAUUAAUACAUGUAAUAAUUUGUAUAAAAUGGCAUUUCAUUUGUGUGAUGUACAUCACGAUGGGAUACCAUAGCUUUAUUCAACACUCGUUAGUUAAGGAGGUACUCUACAUCGUCAUAAUGGCUGACGUCCUUUAAAGGCAUUGGUGAAAAUAUAAAUAUCAGCAAUAUUAGUCUAUUCAUUUAAUAAAAUCGUCGGCUAGCUAAGUAGCUCAGUAGGUUAGCACGUCGGAUGCUGAACUGUAAAUCGCGGGUUCGAGUCCAGCAGUGGUUUUAAUUUUUUUCUUUUCGGAUUACUUUGUUCUAAAACUGUAUUUUUUGACUAAAUAAAGUAAAUUUGAAAAUUUUCAAUUUCAAAACAUUGUUGUACAUAUCCUCCACUUUUUAACCAUAUUAAAUUUCUCUGGUGCAGUACACCUCCUUAAAUGUGAUUCCGGAUGUUGCGCAUAAGUAUGAAGACGCCGACACAUUACUUGAAGUUGAGUAGAAUUUGAAAUUUUUUAAUUGAUAUUGAAUAAACCGAAUGUCUGUGAUAGUGUGAAUUUAUAUCAUUGAAAUGGUGGGUGUAUUUGGUUAGCGAAACUUAACCAUUUCAACUCGUUGGAUAAAGCUAAUACAAGAUAAUAUAUAUAUGUAGAUACAUGUAUACUUCAUAUAUAAAAUAUAGCCUUUCCUGGAAUGUUUACUGAACAACAGAUGCGCUGCGCAAACGAAUUUGAUAUUUUUAUUGUCUAGCUGUGGUUGUGAUUGUUACUUAUUAUAACACUACUAGCAUGCUCUGUUGAAAUAAACAGCUCUAUUUUCGCUGCAAUUUAAUAUUUGUAAUUUCCACUGUCACUUUUAUCUGUGAAAUUGAAACUACAUGCAUGUGAAAUCGACUUUGAACAUAAUCAGUCCUGAGCGGACUUAAGGCUGUAUACGGUCUUGCAAAUAUUUCUAUCAACUUUCUGUUCAGUACCGUGUAUCAGUGUGAAAUAGAACUCCACUACUGUGCAUGCUUUAAACAUUGCAUGUACUAUUCAUAUAUCUAAUAAUAAAGGCGUUAAUUUUUCCCUA